AUGGGCACUAAUGCAGAUGUACAAUUUUCAGUUGGCGAACAAAGUGAAGCAAUUCGUAAACAAUUUUGGUCAACAAAUUAUAAACAAUGUCCGAUAUGUAAAAGUGAAAAUAUUGCUGUUCAUUGGUGGUGUUGCGGAUGUAGAUUUAAUGAAGACGUUAUUUAUCAAUGUCUUGGAAAAGAAAAUGUGAAUGAUGUCAAAAAUUUAGAAUGGGAUAAGACAACAAGAAAUCUACCUGGUCAAUAUGGUUGUGGUUUUUAUACAUCAUUUCAUUAUGAUGAAGGAGGAUCGGAACCACAACAAUUUGAAACAGAUGGCUGA